AUGGCGACCAUAGACACCUCCGAAGCGGAGGGGCAUGGCCUGCAAAGUGAAGUACAGCCACAUUCACCAGCAGUAAACCAACGCCCUGCGCGCUCCAUAACCGCGUGCCAGCGGUGUCGGGAUCAAAAGCUCAAAUGCAGUCGUGAACGUCCAGUAUGCACUCGGUGCAGGCGACUUGAGGCCGAAUGUGUCUAUCCCAGCCCACCCGAUCGCCGGGGCCGCAGGCUAAAGCGGACAACAUGUGUGCAUAGGUCGCCCGAUCAACGUGUCGGACCACCUCUCAUCGAACAUUCUGCAAAUCUAUACCACGAUGAUGCUGCCGGCUCAUUUGACAGCCAGACACAUGGUACUUUCAGAUCUCGCAGAACCGUUCCACCCACGGGGGACUGGGCUUGUUCUCCGAUGAAUGGUCUCGACUCAAUCCAUGAUCCUUCCCAUUCAUACCCAACCCAGCUACACAAAACAGGCUCCGUUGGCAGAGGAUCAACUUCCGAUUGUAAUGAACCACCUCUACCUUCCCGGGCAAUUGGACUGUCCCUGCUUGAAAUAUAUUUUACGCGUAUCUACAAUGCAUCAUUGCUGUUCUAUAAGCCCUUGCUUUUUCAGGAUUAUCUUAAUGGAAACCUUUCUGGCAUUCUCCUGAAGGCCAUAUUUGCAUUAUCCACACUAUUUCUUUCUCCGUCGAAUGAAGGCGAUCAGGACAGCCCAAUUGAGCAUUCAGAGCUCAGAGUCCUGAGCUCCUACCACUCUUGCGGUCUUCCUUGGGCAAAGUCUGCUCUGCGAGAGGCCAUACCACUGAUGGUCGAAGAACAUUCUCUGAUGGUGACACAGGCACUUGAAUGCUUACAGCUGUAUUGGCUUGGUGUUGGAGACGCAUAUGCCGGUAACUUAUGUCUUGCACUGGCCUAUCGUUCCUGCAGUCUCCUUGAGUAUAACAAAAAGAACACUAGUGAUGUCGAAGAACUUGAUCUCUCCUUGGAAGCUGAACUUCGGCGUCGAUGCUUUUGGGCGUGCUGGAUGUCCACAUGUAUAGUUGCGGCACCCGAACCGUUCAUCGCGUCAGCCUGGAAAGAGGCCGCUAAGCUACCACUCCCUGCUUUCAUAAACGAUACAACAUUCGGAUAUGAGAUAGUUGCAAACGAGCAAAUGAAUAGUGAUUGGUGUUCGGACUUCAUUAAUCCUCAGAGGCCCGUUUCUUCGCCGGUCGCCGCAGCACUAUUUGUCAAGAUAGUGGGUGUGUGGGCCAAGAUUCAACUCCUGGUCACGGAAUCUGUUUCCUUCACCCCAACUGAGAACCUUGACAAAAUGCAGACACUCUCCAACCUGGCAACGUCAAUUUUCGAUCAGGCAAAGUCCCAUAGGAGUCACGCAAACACUGGCAUUGAUAACACUUUGGAAGAUGGGCAGCUCAUGCUCUGUUUCAAUGCUCUUUUUCACCAAUGUCAGAUUACUUUACACUCGAUGAUUGUCCCGGUAUUUUCGGGAACGUCGAUUGACGAAAUCAUAUCUCGUGAAACUGUUCGAAAAAGUGCGGAAAAGGUAAUUAAUCAUGCGCAUUCAUACAAGACCCUAUUGAGUCCUUACUUGUACGCAAAGGGAGAUAUCACACAUGUGCCUCCUCUUGUAGGCUAUGGAGCUUUUAUCACGGCGAUGGUGCUCUUGACUACGGAGAUUUCUUCGCAGGCCAUAUCGUUACAGGCAGCCUAUCCCGGGAGCCACAGUGAGAGUGGAAGGCUAUCUGCUGUGGAAGCGAUUCUAAGUUUACUAGAUGCUCUUCGAAAACAUUGGAAACCUUUACAGUAUCCUUAUGAAAAGCUUUCUGCCGGCUUACAAGUAACCCUUUCCGCAAGCCAAACGCAUUGUGGGACAGCCACAUCGGAAAGUGGUACAGUUGCUAGACAUUCUACGAGAGGGUUAGAUCGCAGAUCUUCUACGCAGAUAUACAACCGACGUUCAGUUCCAGUAAAAAUAAACGGCGUUGUUGGAGAGGAAUGGGUCAGCAGCGCACAUGACAGCUCAGCCCAAUCUAUGCGCCCCUUGAAUGGCGUACCCCAUCAUUUGGCGAACAGCCCGUACAGGGCAGGAGCCUCCGAAACUUUGACACGACCUGGAGCGGGAGACACCCACAGUGAUCUUAACAACGUUGACGAUGGGUCUGUCGACAGUUCAUUCAUGGCGCCAUUAUCUGAUGUGGAGGAAGCUGCCUGGUAUAGCCUGUCUUUUGCGGAAGCCGGGAUUGAGCAAUUUGCGGGAUAUGAACCAUUGCCCCUCUUUCAGCAGGGAUGGAGAUCUUUCAGUUAAAUGAGGACGAUGGAAAGUCAUUCACUUUUCCCUUUUGGUCCAUUAUUCAUACUUUGCAUAUUGGACAUGCCAUUUAAAGCGGCAUUGUGAUCAUGUGGACCUGAGUAAUCCAUCGGAGUCGGAGCAUUCGGGCAAUUCGAAGUAUUCGGUCGGGAUACGGAGCAUUGGAGGUUGAGCCGGUUCAUUGCCGAACACGGGGGUGGGGGUAUUGAACAC